AUGGCUUUCACCAACUUCCGUCACAGCGAUAACCUGCAGACCGGGUUUGAGCUUUUUCUCCUCGCCGAGGGCGAGAAGAAGAUCACCGAGAAGGUUGUCACUGGUAUGGCCAACACGUCCGACUUCAUCAUCUUGAAGGAAGACCAUACCAUCGGCAACCUACUGAGCGAGCACCUCAAGCAGGCCCCCCACGUCAUGAUGGCGGGCUACAAGAUUGGCCAUCCCAACGUGCCUGAGGUCCUCGUUCGCGUGCAGACGGAUGGCACGAUCACGCCCCGAGAGGCGUUGGUGAAUGUCUGCAAGCAGCUGGUUGCCGCCUACGGCCAACUGGGUCGCGAGUUCCAGAAGGAACUUGCACUGCGCCAAUACGCAGACCAGGGUGCUGGCGCAGCCGAUGCCGCGGCGGGCGCUAUCGGUGGUACUGGGCAGAACGGUUUCUGA